AUGUCGCAAACAGACACUGAUCGAACACGUCGUCUAAUAAUAGCCUCUUUCUGGGCAGUGAUAUUAAUCGGUCUGCCAUUAUGGUGGAAAACGACUGAAGUAUACAGAGCACAACUGCCGUUCACUGAAAUAGAGCAAUGGUCUCGGUGGGAGACUUCGAAUCUUGUAUUUCCACUACAUUUUAUCUUUUACUUUGCCGAAGAGGACGAGACACCAAUAGAACUUGAGCAGCUGUCGAGAAAUCUUGAACGCGCAUUUAACAAACAGUUCUCUCGAGACGCAGAAGUGGAUGGAUUGGUUACACAGUUGUCUGUUACUGUCGAUAGCGUAAAGUGGGAACAAUCGGAUAAAAUCGUCGGGAGAGAGAACGAGAUCGAUGUUGAUUCACUCGGGAAUCCGAUGGAAGAGGUCAACGGAAGAUACGAAUUUUAUAUUUCUCCGGGAAGUGGUGAUAUGCGAGUUGAUUUGGGAAACAGUAGACGCGCAUUUGUACAGAUUAAUCGUAAAGAUUGGAACGAGACCGCGAUAACCAAGAUUUUACCGUCUCUCCUCGUCUCCUUCUUCCAUUCCGAAUAUUUACUGCUCUCGGCUCUUUUCAAACCUCCGUCAUCCGAAGAAAAGCCUAAUAUUGAUAACAUGCGCGCGAUGAAGUACUCUCCACGUUAUCAAAUAACAUUCAGCCUGAUGAAUGCGUGUCCAUCAACUUUGCUUGUCGAUUGGAACAUUGAAGAAGCUGUAAACAUGUAUUUAAAACCGUUUUUGGAUGAAUUGAAAAUUCUCUCGGAGGUUACGGUUGAUUCGCAAGUACAGUAUUAUGCUCAGCUGACUGUUACUCCAGAGAAAAACGAGAAUGAAGGCUAUUACUAUUUGAGACCGGAAAUGUUACCACAUUUUGUUAAUUCUGCGGAAUGGAAUUUAGCAUCUGCCGUGUCUUCAUAUCCAACUCUCAACAUGAUUUUGUAUAUCCCAGAAGCAAAUCAAAGCCCUCUACGUAUUCACAAUUCCAAAGGUCAUCCUAUCGAUAAUAAUGCAUUUCUUAUACCUCGUUGGGGAGGCAUUGUUAUAAACAACUUUCAAACAAGCAACAAUUCGUACACACUUACAGUCGAAAAAUUAAAACCCAUAAUAGAAAUAUUUAUAUCACAACUACGUGGGUUAUUAGGCGUGAGAAAGUUUACCUCGGACGACAAGGAAUUAUCUGCAAAAGUCAGAUAUGCACCUCCCCCAAGUACGGCCAUAACAGCAUGGGAGUUGGAUAAUUUGAUCCGUCGUCGCACGGCCGAAAACAUCGUUGCUGCAAUAUCUACUCUGAAAUCCCUGUCUCAGCUAGUGAGCGAGAUUCCUAAUAUGGUGGUGCUGGACCACAUCCAAACUGAGGUGUUGCAAGCACUAGAUAGUCUUAAAGAGGCUUGCGAGAACCUUCGUACAAUGCACUAUGUUGCCGCGUUGAACCACGCCAAGCAGGCGCUCGAGAGAUCAGAAUCUGCAUUCUUUGACCCGACCAUGGAGGCUUCUUCACAAAGGGUUAAAUGUUCACAAGGAGCUUCUUUAAUUAAUUCUGCGGUGUUAAAAAAGAUUGAACAACCCUCAGACAAGGCGAAAUCUGAAAACCAGCAUGUCAAAAAACCAGAACUCUGUCAAGAUAGUGAGGAUUCGUCCGAUGAAGAGGAAGUCGAAGAGGAGGAAGAAAGCGAAAAUGAUGACGCCUUUCUAUUGCAUCAGGCUCAACCUGAAUAUCCCGGUGCUGGCAAACAAUACCUAACCUGUGGACUAUAUUCGAUAGACCUGAAAAUAGAUGAGUUGAGGUCCUCUGGACGAUUCGCAAGAAAGCGUAAACGUAGACUCGACAGGGAUGGCAGGAAAAAGCCGUUAAUGCCAUUGCCCAUUUAUUUUGGCGAAUAUUUGGCUAAUAAAGAGCAAGAUUUUGAUAUGCCGUGGGAUAUCGUUGCUGCUUAUCAUAGAGGGUUGAUUCAUAGAGAGAAGAGACCAUCGCCAUAUAUUAAGAUUAGAUCAAAUAUAUUUAAAGAACGCAAAAGAAAGAAAGCUAGCAAGCCACCAAUUUGCCAGUGUAAACCGCCUGCUGAUGGCAGUAUGGGUUGUGGAAAAAAUUGUUUAAAUAGAAUAAUGUAUUAUGAAUGCUCUCCCAAGUAUUGCCCAUGUGAUGAAUUAUGUUCCAAUCAACGGUUUCAGAAGGGUCAGAGCGUCCAAGGAUUAAAAGUAAUCUGGACCGGUGAUCGUGGAUUUGGAUUGAUGACGGUAGAACCUAUUCGGAAGGGUCAAUUUAUAAUCGAAUACAGAGGCGAAGUAUUGUCAAGAGAAUCAUGCUUUGCUCGGAUGAAGUCUCGGCCGAAUCGGAAAAACCUGUACUUUCUUGAAUACAACAAUGGUGAGGUGCUGGAUGCGUCUGAGAAAGGAACAGAUGCCAGAUAUAUAAACCAUAGUUGUGCUCCCAAUUGUCAUAUCGAGAAGUGGCUGGCACCGUGCGGAGAACAGUAUGUAGGCGUCUUUGCAUCACAGAAUAUACCGCCUGGCGCUGAAUUAUCAUAUGACUACCAGUUUGAAGCGUGUGAUGGUGCAAAUUGUCAACCUUGCUUUUGUGGAGUAGAGAACUGCCGCGGCGAGAUUGGCACCUCCAAAUCCAAAAUGUACAAUAAUGGCGGAAAAUAA